AUGGACGCCUCUCAAGUCCUGCAGACGGUGCUCUCCGUAAUCCAAGCCUCAGCCGGGAACACCACUGCUGGCUCUUCACCUCCCGGGUCUACUACAAACACAAAUGGCACCGUGUCCAUGCACGACGCUGGGGCCGCUGGCCCUGUCGGCGCCGUGCAGCUUGUCAUGGCGCUGCUGUCGAUGUCCGCGGUGCGCGACUGGAUGAAGCUGCUGCUCAUCGGUGCCUUCCUCGAGACCUGCCGCCGCCUCAUUACGAAGUCGUGGGAGUCCAUCCAGGACUUCUUCUGGCUUACAGCCACGUUUGAGAUGCACGAAGAUCCUGCGGAUUGGAUACUGCACUGGGCGGCGCAGCGCAAGAUGUUCGACGCGGCGCGUCACGUUGAGAUAACAUCCGGGGACUACAUUCUUGAGAACAUGGUUGACGUCUUUGGGAACGAUGAAGCUAAGGUGGCGUUCUACCCAUCGAUGGACAGGAAAUAUAGCUUGUGGUACAAGGGCCGGUACCUGACCAUCAAGCGCGAGCAAAAGAGCCCGAACAGCUUCACCCGCGCGAUCCAGGUCAUUGAGCUCCGCAUCCUAUCGCGGAAUCCCGCUGUGCUGCGCGAGCUCCUGAUGGAAGCACGCAAGGGAUAUACCGAGGCGAGCAAGAAUGUUAUCAACGUAUACGUUACAGAGAGCUCCGACCACUGGAAGCACGUUGCAUCCCAACAGAAACGGCCGGCAAGUUCGGUCAUCCUCGACCCUGGCGUGUUCGAGCUCGUGCUCGCGGACGCACGGGACUUCAUCAACAGCAAGCGGUGGUACGCUAGUCGGGGCAUCCCAUUCCGGCGUGGCUACCUCCUCUACGGCGCCCCGGGCGCAGGGAAGACGUCGAUGAUCCACAGCCUCGCGGGCGAGCUUGAUCUGAACAUCUACAUCCUCUCGCUUACUGUGAUGGCGCUCGAUGACAACAGCCUGAAGUCGCUCAUCGCGCGUCUGCCGGAGAAGUGCGUGCUGCUCAUUGAGGACAUUGACGCCGCGUUCCACCGCGGGAUGAAGCGCAACAUCGUCGACCCAGAGAAGAAACAGCAGACCCAGCGCGGGGGGACUCAGGAAAACGGGCAGCCGGCCGGGCCCCCGGGCGAGAAGGACAAGGACAAGCCAGAUGGGUUCUUCAACGGAGUCACGCUCAGCGGGCUACUGAACGCGCUCGACGGCAUCGCGGCGCAGGAGGGCCGGAUCCUGUUCGCGACGACGAACGACUACUCGGCGCUGGAUCCCGCGCUGCUGCGUCCCGGCCGACUUGAUCUGCACGUCGAAUUCCAGCUCGCGAGCCGGCACCAGGCGCGCGAGCUCUUCAAGCGGUUCUUCACGCCCGACGAGGAGGAAGAGAAGCUCAGCGUGGCGGCGACACAACUGAACUCGGACGAGAAGCGAGCCGACUCCGACUCCGGAUACACUUCCGCGAACUCUACGCCGCCCGCUGAACUGGCCAACGCAUCCGCACCCGGGCAGGCAACUCCGCCUGCUUCCCAGCUGCCCGGGUCCGUGCGCUCAGUGUACGUGGGUGGCAUGGCGCACGGGGGAACAGGGGGUCUUCCCAGGCUGUCCGCGAAGCAGGCGGCUGCGCUCGCCGAGCGGUUCGCAGAAAUCGUUCCGCCGCAGGCGUUCUCGAUGGCCACCCUGCAGGGGUACCUGAUGGCGUACAAGGUCCGGCCGCUGGACGCCAUCGCCGACGCGCCUGGGUGGGUAGAGAGCAAAUUGCGGGAAAAGGCUACUGCUAGCGCGAGCCAGACGCCGUCGCAGGAGAAGGAGAUGAAGAACACAGAAGGAGCGGCCGCGGUGGCGUAG